CCAUCCCCCAUCGGCUUCGUCAAUCUCCGUCAGUCUCGUCAGGAGACUUUCGGAAACGUUCCGAGCGCGCCUUCGUCAACCUUCGGAAAUCUUCGGAACUCCUCGGAGAACUUCGGGAACACUCGGAGAGUUUUGGAGAACUUCGCGGAAAUCCCAUGAUUUCCCAUCCCAAAGAAACGAAGCGGCCAAACCAGUGCGAAAAUACCGUCAAUAAUUAGAAAAAUCGAGGGGUUUGGGGUUGUAUUCUCCUGGUUUUAUAAAAUCUAUGUUGCUUCUUUCCAAGUCACAGGCAGAUCCCUAACUCCCUUCCCGCUCCUCUCGUCUCGCACAGAUUUUCCUGCAAAUUCACGACAUUUUGGGGGUUUGUUUUUUUUUUUUUCUUUUGCCGCGCGACGUUUGGAUGUGGAGAAACAUCCCGUGACCAUGGAAAUUCCCUGUCCUGAGCUGAACUCCACAUGGGGAGAGGAUUUUGGGGGAACAUCGAGUCCAAUCAUCAGCGGGCACCGUGGAUUUGCAGGGAUUUUGGGGAGGGAAAGAGGAAUUCGUGGGGGGAAAAGACUUCAAAUCUCCUAAUAAAAUCUUUUUCCGGUAAAAUUUCGCCCUAAAACUCUUUAGAAAAUCCCCACAUACGAAGACUUUCGGCCACAUUCGGAAAACCUCGGGAGAAUCCGGAGAGCUUUGGAGGCGCUCGGAAACGCUCGGCAUCAACCGGAAAAACCCGACGAGCUCUUCGUGCAUUUCCGCAGUUUUUCGGCCCCCUCCGAAGCGGCAGCGCUCGGCUGUUUCCGGCGGCGCUCGGCUGUUUCCGGCGGCCGCCGGUGCGCUGCCUCAGGGCGGGCGCCAUUUUGUGUGUCCGCCCGCGGAGCGCGGGGCGCGGGCGGAGGAGCCGCCGGGCCGAGCCCCCCGCGCCGUUCAGUGACUGUGCCCCCCGUUCUCCACCCCCUGCCCGUUGCCCAUGGCCGUGGAGAGCCCGAGUGUCCCCCCCGCCGCCGCCGCCUCCCCCCCCAGCCCGCACUGCACUCCCCCUUCUCCGUCCUGCCACGGCAGCUGCAGCCUCCCCCGGCCGCCGCCGCCGCUCCAAGGCCACCAUCACGGCCCGGACGAAAGGGAGGAUGGGGAGCUGGAGGAGGGCGAGCUGGAGGACGACGGCGGUGACGAGGCCCCGGCCCGGUCCCGGUCGCGCUCGCGCUCCCAGCGGCAGCGGCGCCGCAGCGGCUCCGAGGAGCGCUCGCACCGGCGCCUGAAGCGCAAACGCCGCAAGGACAAGGACAAGAGGAGGUCCAAGAAAAAGAGGAAAUCCAAGCACAAGCGGCACGCCUCGUCCAGCGAGGAGCUGUCGGAUCUCAGCGACGACUCCGAGUACAGCCCCGGAGAGAAGGGACACCGCAAGUACCGCGAGUACAGCCCCGCCUACCCCUCCCACCAGUACUCCCAGUUGGCCAGGAAGGGGCACCCCAAGGGGGACCCCAAGGGCUACGGGGGCUCCUUCGAGGAGUUCGAGGCCGAACCCUUCGGGCCCUUGGAGGCCGAGGAGGAGGAGGAGGCUCCCAAGGACGACUUUGAGGAUUUCUCCAAGGAGCUGAGCCAGUACCGGCGCUCCAAGGACGGAGGGCACCGAGCCAGAGGCCGGGGCCGAGCCCGGGGGUUCCGGGGCCGUGGGCGGGGCCAGGGGCGGGGCCUGGGACGGGGGCGGGGCCGCGGCCGCGCCCGCAGCGACCCCGAGGAGGAGGAGGAGCCCUUCGAGGAGGAGCUGGAGUACUGCGACCCCGAGGAGCCGCUGGGCGACGACGACUUCGACGACUUCGCCAAGGAGCUCUCGCAGUACCGGCGCAGCAAGGAGAGGGGCCGGGGCCGUGGCCGGGGUCCCCGGGGUCCCCGGGGGGGCCGGGGCAGCAAGGGGCCGGGCCGGGGCCGGGGCCGGGGCCGCAGCGCCGUGGGCAAGGGCGGCAGCCACGACGACGACGACUUCUACGACGAGGACAUGGGGGAGGGGGCCGGGUUCCGGCGGGAGGACAAGGCUCACCUGCCCUCGGACAAGAAGGGCAAGGUGAUCUGCAAGUACUUCGUGGAGGGCAGGUGCACCUGGGGUGACCACUGUAACUUCAGCCACGACAUCGAGCUGCCCAAGAAGCGCGAGCUCUGCAAGUUCUACAUCACCGGCUACUGCGCGCGGGCCGACAGCUGCCCCUACAUGCACGGGGAUUUCCCGUGCAAGCUCUUCCACACCACCGGGCUCUGCAUCAACGGCGACGACUGCAUGUUCUCGCACGCGCCGCUCUGCGACGAGACCCGGCAGCUGCUCGACAAGAUGCUGGCCGAGGACGCCGAGGCGGGCGCUCAGGACGAGAAAGAGCUGCAGGAGCUGCGCAAGCAGGGCAUCGACCCCCUGCCCAAACCCCCCCCGGGCGUGGGGCUGCUGCCCACCCCCCCCCGGCCCCCCUCCCCCCCCCCGCGGGCUGCCCCCCCCCCCGGGCCGCCCCCCCCUGCCCCUCCCCCCGCCCCGGAGCCCCUGGAGCCCCCCCAGGACCCCUUCAAGAAGAUCCCGUCGCUCUUCGAGAUCGUGGUCCGGCCCACCGGGCAGCUGGCAGAGAAACUGGGCGUCAGGCACCCCGGGCCGCCCCCCCCGCGCUUCCCCGGCCCCCCCGGGGCGCCGCCCCUCCCCCACCCGGAGCUGGGCCCGGGGCCCCCCCUGGGGGGGUUCGAGGAGCCGCCCCUCCCCCACCCGGGGCUGCCCCCCCCGGGCCCGCCCUUCUACGAGGGGGGGGGGAGGGGCGUUCUACCCCCCAGGAGGGGCUGGAGAUGGAGCCCCCCCCCCGGGGGGGAGGGGCCAGACGAGUUCGGCUCCUACGAGGCCGGCGCGGGGCCCGGCGCUGACGCUCUGUUCCCGGAGGGCUCCCUGGAGGCCGAGGCUCCCCCCGGGCCGGGGCCGGGCCCGGUGCCGGGCGGCGCUCCCGGUGCUCCCGGUGCUCCCGGCGCUCCCGGAGCUGCCGUGCCCGAGUUCCUGCCCUCGGGGGCGCAGCGCGCGCUCUUCCUGCGCAUCCGCCACAAGCAGCGGCCCGAGGAGCGCGCCCGCAGGGGCAGCGAGGGCGGCCGCGGCGACCGCGAGCACGACGAGGGUGACCCCGGCAGCUGGUACUCCAGCGACGAAGACGACGGCGCCAGCAGCGUCACCUCCAUCCUCAAAUCUCUGCGGCAGCAAAGCUGCGGCCGCGCCCCCACCCCCGGCCCGACCCCUCCCGGGGACCCCCCCGGCGACCCCCGCCUGCAGCGCCCGCGCCUGCGCGACCCCCGCCUCUGCCGGGGCGCCGAGCCCGCCCCGGAGCCGCCCUCGGACCCGCGGCUGGCCCGCCACGGCCCCAGGGCGGAUGCUGCCCCCAGAUCCGUGCCGUGCGGCGGUGAGGAUGAUGAUGGCGAGCGGCUGCUGCGGGACAAGCCCGUGGCCAUCCCGCUGGAGGCGGCUCCGGGCCAGGCGCAGCGGGACCCGCGCUGGGAGCUGCGGCAGUUCUCGCACAUCCGCAAGGCCGUGCUGCUGCUGCGGCCGCCCUGGGCUCGCUCCGUGCUCUGGAGUCCCGAGGAUCUCAUCCCCCUGCCUGUGCCCCGCCAGGACCUUCCUCCUCCUCCUCCUCCUCCUCCUCCUCCUGCUGCUCCUCCUGCUGCUGCUGCUGCUCAGUGCGCCCUGCCCAGCUCCAGCUCCGACCCCCGGCUGCUCCGGCCGCCCUCCGGCCCCUCGGACCCGCGGCAGGCGCGGCCGAACCCGACCGAGCCUUCCUCAUCCUCCUCCUCCUCCUCCUCCUCCUCCUCCUCAUCCCUGCCCGACUUCGAGCUGCUCUCGAGGAUCCUCCAAACUGUCACGGCCUCGGGAGGGGACAAACCCAGCGACCCCCGCGUGAGGAAGGCUGCUCCUCCUCCUCCUCCUCCUCCUGCUGCUGCUGCUGCUCCCGCUGCGGCUCCGUCGGACCCGCGGCUGCAGAAAGCUCUGGAAUGCGGGAACCCCCGCGAGGAUCCCAUCGCUCCCUACGACCCCCGCCUCAGCUGGGGCCAGAGCAGCAGCUCCGUGCUCAGCGCCAUCAGCCUCUACGACCCUCGGACUCCCAGCUCGGCCAAAGAGCCCCAAAACGAGGGGAAUUCAACCCAAAAAGCCGCGGGGGACGCGACCAAGGGCGGGCAGGGCCAAGGAGGCGCCGCUGUUCCCGCGGCGCUCGGCGCUGGAGCCGCCCGAGGAGAGGGCGGAGCCCACGGACAGGUACAACAGCUAACCGACCCCGCGCCAAAAACCCCGGCCCGGGGGAGGGGGGGCAGCGGCCAGCCCGCCCUGCACAACCUGCCCGUGCCCCCCGUGCCCCCCGUGUUCGGCCUGGCCAAGGCCGGGGCUCGCCCGGGCACCGGGAGCCCCUUCCCGGGGGGCAGCCCCGGGCGGGAGCCCCCCGAGGAUGGGGGGGGACAAGGAUCCCUCAAGGACGUCUUCAAGGGCUUCGACCCCACGGCCUCGCCCUUCUGUCAGUGA